ACCAUAAACAAACGCAGGUCGGCUUCAAUCGCGACAACCAGCAGCAGCAGCGGCUCCAUUGCAGACAGACACAAGAAAAACCCCACACCCCCUGCAAAAUGAAGUACUUGUGCAUUUUUGUGAUGCUUGCCAUAUGCCUGGCCAGCAGCUGGGCAGCCGUUUCCGAGCCAGCUGGUGCUCUGCCCGAGAUCCCAGAGCAGGAUGCGGCGACCGCCAUUGGUGAGAAGAAGACGGAGAAGCGCGGCAUCUAUGGAUUUGGCCAUGGCUACGGUGGAUACGGUGGGUAUGGCGGCUACGGUGGCUACGGAGACUAUGGACACGGCCACUACGGUUAUGCCAGUCCGUACUACGGCAGUUUUGGAUACGUGCACAGCGCCCCAUACUACGGCGGCCAUCAUGGCGGCUACUAUCCCUACCACGGUCACGGCCACUACGGCUACUACUAGGAG